AUGGUAUUUGUACACAAAAAGAAAGUGGAUAAUGAUCAAAUCGGCGGUAAAUUAAUCAUGAGAAUAUGGCACAGUCGGGGAGUGUGCAGACUGAGGGUGAAUCAUUCCGUUGUCCGAUCUGCUUGGAGCAGUUUAGGAUUCCUAAGUAUUUACCGUGUUUGCAUACUUUCUGUGAGGCCUGCAUUCAAACUUACAUAUCUAGUAUAGAGGCCCGUUUGGGACAAAAUACUCGGAAUUUCAUAGAGUGUCCCGUUUGCCGAAUUUUAACCGUGGAACCGAGAAAAGGAAUUUCUAGCGAAGAAUGGGUAAAAAAUUUACCAAUUAAUAAAUGGAUAUUGACAAUGUCAGUAAACUCAGAGAGUGAAGCAAAUAAAUACUGUCUCUUCUGUAGACGAGAGAAUCUUACAGUGUUGGCAAAACAUUGGUGUAAAACAUGCGCUGAACCUAUCUGUGACGAUUGUAAUCGUAUUCAUCAAAAAGUACCUCUCCUCCGAAAUCAUAAAAUCUACUGCUUACCUGGUAAACUUAAGUGGAGCGAACCUGUUGAUGUCGAAGAACAAUGUAGUGUUCAUAAAGAAAAACUUGUGGAAGUGAUUUGCUUAGACCAUAACAAAAUCUGUUGCAGCGUAUGUUUUGCAACACAGCAUAGGCGCUGUUCUUGUGUAGAAUCAAUAGAAGAUGUUGCAUUGUUUCUUAAUAAAAAUAAAGUAAGAAAUACCAUGGAAUCAUUGACAGGUUUACUAGAUAAUCUGGCUGCAAUACAUGUUGAAAAUAUGACGCAAAAGGGAAGACUGAACAAAGAAAAGGAGGAAAUAUGUCUAAAUGUGGAAGAGAAAGUAUGGAGAGUAAAAGCACUGAUAGACGAAGGGCAUGCUCAGUGGCUGAAACGUUUUGAUGUCGCUCAUACACAACAAACUGACAAUAUUGAUACUUUAUCAGAUGAGCUAGAGCGGUUUAUCACUACAGUAAAAGAAGCAAAAAACUUACUUUCCUCUGUUCUGGAGAAUGGCUCAGAAAAGCAACUCUUCAUUACACAACACAAAAUGGUGGCUCAAGUCUCGGCCCACUUUGAUAGACUAGAAUCGUUGCGUGCAUGGGAUUUUGCUGAGACGUAUUCUGAAACACACACUGACAUUCAACAGAUCUUUACUACAGGCCAUUUCGAGGAUGUUAGCAUAUCCGUAAAGUCCAGCACCGCACUUCCUGUAAUAUCAGAGAAGGUAAGGGAUAUCACCGGCCUCUCUCGUGUUGACGGGUACCCCUCGGCUGCCUCUGUUUCCCUCGCUGUUGUUAAUGGUUUCAAGAGGCUCCUGGCCAUUGCUGUUGAAACUGACUACACUUUUCCAGAGGCUGAGAAGACCAAGAAAUACUUGAAAGAUCUCGGCAGGUUGUCAGUUGCUGCUUCUUUGGAAGAAAAGGGAAAACGUCCGUCAGAAUCAGGAGAUGAUGGCUUUGGACUGUUUGACUAACGGAUAGAAAAUAAAAUGCCUUCAUUAUUUUUUUGUUCCCGUUUGUUGUUUUAACGAGAUGGCAAUGGAAUACUUGAAACAUAAGAAAAGAAAAUAGUAUUUUAAAACUUUUUCGUUAUAUUGAAUGAAAAUGUUCAUGUGUAUUUUAUAACGACAAAAUAGGGGGAAAAGUGGCUACAUUGUAUGUGACACUAAAGAAUAUUGACUUGUGAGACAGAUAAAGAAGAAAUAGUGUACCUACAAGUACAUAAUUAUUUACUUCAUUAGAUAGUUUGCAUUAUAAAUAAACCCAAUCUGCAUUAAAUAUUUUGACUUUUGAGCUUUAUAUCGCUGUCUGUUACAAGUAUCUGCAUGUAGAAUUAUAUGCGGAUGCAUCAAACUUUGCUUGAAA